UGUGUGUGUGUGUGUUCCAGGCUGAAUGAGAGGCUGCAGCCACGAGACUGCUCAGCGCAUUGCAGAGCCAAACACAACACAGCAAAACAGGAGAAAGCAGCUCUGCACUAUCACCUCCAAUACCCACUGACAUAGACACACGUAUACCAUGAGAAACAACACCCGCCUGCUGUUCAGCCUCUGGAGAAGAUGAGACCAAGUGAAGAAUCCAGCAGAAAAGGCAGACUGGGAGGCUUCUCUUUGUGAACAGACGGAACGGCCCCGGCGUCAUCUGAAGGAGGAGGGGCUGCUAGCUGCUGUUGUCUUUUCCCCACCAAAUCACGUGAGACCUUCCUCGUCCGGUAACCAUGGCAACCAACACCGGUCCAGCCUGCAUCUCACAGUGGUGAGGAGGAGGAUCCGAGAGAGAAAGGUAUAGAGGAAGAGAGGGAGCGAGGGAACAAGAAGAGAAAGCUCUACAAACACAAACCCCGUGCCCUGCAGCUGUCACGGAUAUUCCCACAGAUGAAGAUGUCUGAAGCAGGGAGUUGAACUUGUAAAACACAGACUCUGACUAAGUGGGCCAAGGGCAGUCCCAUUAUCCCCUGCGUGGGGUGAGGGACCAUGGGAGAUGGAGGCGUUAGUGCAGCGGGAGAGGGGAUCAAUCAGUCCCAUGUGCUGUUUGACCGCUUCGUUCAGGCCACCACCUGUAAAGGCACCCUUAAGGCCUUUCAAGAGCUGUGUGAUUUCCUUGAGCUCAAACCCAGCGAGUACAGAGUCUUCUACCACAAACUCAAGUCCAAGCUCAACUACUGGAAGGCCAAAGCACUUUGGGCCAAACUGGACAAACGUGCAAGCCAUAAGGAAUACAAGAAAGGCAGAGCCUGCGCCAACUCUAAGUGUCUGAUCAUUGGAGCAGGGCCAUGUGGGUUGCGCACAGCUAUUGAGCUUGGUUUUCUGGGAGCCAAGGUGGUGCUGUUGGAGAAGAGAGAUGCUUUCUCCCGCAACAAUGUCCUCCACCUUUGGCCCUUCACCAUUCAAGAUCUGCGGGGGCUUGGUGCCAAGAAGUUCUAUGGAAAAUUCUGUGCAGGAUCCAUAGACCAUAUCAGUAUUCGUCAGUUGCAGCUCAUGCUGCUGAAAAUGGCUCUGCUUCUGGGCAUCGAGAUCCAUGUCAACGUGGAAUUCAAAGGCCUCAUCGAGCCGCCCGAAGAUCAGGAGAACGAGAGGAUAGGCUGGAGAGCUGAAGUCCAUCCCAGAACACAUCCUGUCAGUGAGUUGGAGUUUGACGUCAUAAUUGGGGCAGAUGGGAGGAGAAACACAUUAUCAGGUUUCAGAAGGAAAGAAUUCAGGGGCAAACUGGCCAUCGCCAUCACGGCCAACUUCAUCAACCGCAACACUACGGCAGAGGCUAAGGUAGAAGAGAUCAGCGGAGUGGCCUUCAUCUUCAACCAAAAGUUCUUUCAGGACCUUAGGGAAGCCACAGGGAUUGAUCUGGAAAACAUUGUCUACUAUAAGGAUGACACACACUACUUCGUAAUGACUGCCAAAAAGCAAAGUCUGCUGGACAAGGGCGUCAUUCUGCACGACUAUGUGGACACAGAGAUGCUUCUCUCCAGGGCUAAUGUGGACCAAGCAGCUCUGCUGUCCUAUGCCAGAGAGGCAGCCGAUUUCUCCACCAAUCAUCAGCUGCCCACGCUGGACUUUGCCAUCAACCAUUACGGGCAGCCUGAUGUAGCCAUGUUUGACUUCACCUGCAUGUACGCCUCUGAGAAUGCAGCACUCGUCCGCCAGCGCAAUGGCCACCAGUUACUGGUAGCGCUGGUGGGAGACAGCCUUCUGGAGCCAUUCUGGCCGAUGGGGACUGGCAUUGCUCGAGGCUUCUUGGCUGCCUUGGACUCUGCGUGGAUGGUGAAAAGCUGGGCUCAGGGUGCCUCUGCUCUGGAAGUUCUAGCAGAAAGGGAGAGUAUCUACAGACUGCUCCCACAAACCACCCCUGAGAACGUUAGUAAGAACUACAGUCACUACACUGUGGAUCCCACCACACGCUAUCCCAACAUCAGCCUCCAUCUACUCAGACCCAACCAGGUACGGCAUCUCAUAGACACGGGAGAGAACAGGGAAAUUCGUAUUGACAUGGAGAAUGUGGUCAACUCCUCGACUCCCAAAAUCACAAGGAAUGAGUCCAUUGCACGUUCCAGCAAGCUGCUGAACUGGUGUCAGAGGCAGACGGAGGGGUACAGAGGGGUCAGUGUGUCUGACCUCACUAUGUCCUGGAAGAGUGGCCUGGCACUCUGUGCACUCAUUCACCGCUACAGGCCAGACCUCAUUGACUUUGAAUCCCUGGAUGAGAAGGAUGUGGAGAAAAAUAACCAGUUGGCAUUUGAUGUGGCAGAGAAGGAGUUUGGAAUAUCGCCUAUUAUGACAGGGAAGGAGAUGUCCAUUGUGGUGGAGCCAGACAAACUCUCCAUGGUCAUGUACCUCACCCAGUUCUAUGAGAUGUUCAAGGAUACUGUGCCUCCUGGUGAAAACCACAACCUGAGUCCAGAGGAGAAAGCUGCGCUGAUAGCCAGCACAAAGUCACCUAUCUCCUUCCUCAGCAAGCUGGGCCAGAGCAUCAACAUCUCAAGGAAACGCAAUCCAAAGGAUAAAAAGGAGAAGGAGAUGGACGGAGUAGGGAAGAGGAGAAAGACGAGUCAGGCUGGCCAGUCCGAAGAUGAGGAGCUGCAGCGAGGGGUUCAUGAUGAACGACCAUCCAUAGCCACAGCCCCAACAGAGCGUAGAGUUGACACCACCGCAGCAGCUAACAAUAACAAGGUGAAGUCAAUGGCUACCCAGCUGUUGGCCAAAUUUGAGGAGAAUGCCCCAGCACAGUCCACUGGACUCAAGAGACAGGGGGCCUCCAUGCCUAAUCUGGGGCUUUUGUCACCCCCUUCCCCACGCCCAGCCCCACUGAAAGAGCCAGUGCGCCUGGCUCCUGUGCCAGCGUGGAGAAAGAGACGGACUCAGUUACAGGAACAGAUGAGUAUCCGCUAUAAAGAGAGGGUGAAGUGUCAGACUCUGCCCAGCAGAGGGGAACAGGCCAGCAGGAGCAGCGAUGGCCUGCGAAGCUGCCCUAAGAAAACCAUUCUGCUCUCUUCUUCUCCUCCUUCAUCCUCUUCAUCCUCCUCUCCACCGCUCUCUCCACACACACAGGAAACAGGAUCCUGGCCCACAGAAGUGUCUGAGCCUAUCUAUUCUUCUAGCAUUCAGGAGAGAGCAGAAACACUAGCUACUAAAUUUACAAGGCAGCCUCACAAGCCUGACAAGCCCAAGCCUAUGAAAAAGCCCUCACGCUUCUUUCUGGAGCAGUGGCUGCUGACCCACGGCUUGACCCCUGAACAGCCCUCCUAUCCCCCUGAUCCUCAGCAGCAGGAGAGCCAGAUAUUGUGCUCUGAUGAACAAGUGCCUUUACACAUCCCCAGUAUCCAGGAACGAGCAGAGAAGUUAGCAUCUCUAUUUAAAGACAAGCCAGCUAGGCCCAAGCCUAAGAAAAAACCCUCGCAUUUCUUUAUUGAGCAGUGGCACAGAGUGCGUGAGCUGCCCUCAGACAGCCCGCUUCCCUCUCCUGCCUCACUCCGACAGCAAUAUGUAAAGAUGUAUACAGGGGGAGUGAGCUCACUGACUGAGCAAAUAGCCAGUCAGCUUCAAACCCAGGAGGACUCCAGGCCCCCUCUUGAGAAAAGGGAUUUGGGUUCCUUGCGGAAAGAGUUUCCACAGAACAUCGGGGGCAGCGACGUGUGUUUCUUCUGCCGGAAGCGUGUAUAUGUGAUGGAGCGCCUAAGCGCAGAGGGAAAGUUCUUCCAUCGCAGCUGCUUUAAGUGUGACUACUGCGGCACCACUCUGCGCCUCUCCUCCUACGCAUUCGAUGUGGAGGAUGGGAAGUUUUACUGUAAGCCGCACUACUGUUACCGCUUGUCCGGACAGGCCCAGAGGAAGAGGCCUGCCCCUGCCACUGCUCCUCUCCACUCAAAGGAGCCCCAGGCCCCACCGGUACCUCCAGUCACUGUGGAUGCCCCUGGCCGAGCGGCGGCUGCUCAGCCCCCUGCGGAGUGCCGGCCCUCAGUCCCAGAAGUGAACGGGAUGGCUGAGCCCAGCCUGGCCAAGCGUCUGAAAGGAACCCCUGAGCGAAUUGAGCUGGAGAAUUACCGGCUUUCCAUGCAACGUGAGGAGGAACUUGAGGAGGUUCCAGAGGAGACACUAGCAGAACAUAAUCUCAGCAGUGUGCUGGAUAAAGGCACGGAUGUAGAUGAAGGCUCCAGUAGCUCAGAGUCUGACAUGGAAGAGGAGGAUGAGGAGCUGGAGCCGGCAGCACCUUCUGAUCUGGGGGGAGUUCCAUGGAGAGAGGCCGUGGAGCUCCAUGCCAAACUGAAGGGUGGAAGUGAUGCUGGGGCAAGCAGGCAAGAUGGAGAUCAGAGGGAAGAAGAGUUGGAAGGAGAGGAAGACGAAGAUGAGGAGGAGGAGGAGGAAGAAGAAGAGGAAGAGGAAGAAUCAAGUGAUGAGGGGGAGUAUAACCCUUGGGAGAGGGAGCUCCAGUCAGCUGUAUGGCUGGAGAACCUCACUGCUGAAGAGGAUACGGGUACCUUUAAAGCAAGGAACCUGCAGAUCCAGCAAGUCCUUCAGCCAGUGGACCCCCUUGUCCCUCAUGUGGAUAUGCAGGUGGACGGGGACGAGGAGGCCGAUUCAGCCUCGGUUUCGCAGCCCUCAGUCCCAAGUCAAGCCACCCAGCCUGCUUCCAGCACAGCCCCUUCCCACACAUCUGCGCGGCACGAGGCUGUCAGGGCCUGGCUGGACUCGGUGUCUGGAGAGCCCUGUGAAGAGGAGGAUGACCCGGAUGCUGAGGCGGGGAGUCCAGACAUUGAGCCUGGCACUGAGCUGGACGAAGAAGACAUCCCUUCAGAUGCAGAGGCUGAGGCUCGAUCACAUAGUGUUGAUGCAGAGCCUUUCCCAGUGCACACGGGCAAGCCAGAGAUCGUCGAACAUGUUCCCAAAAAGGAGCAUGUCUCUGCUGGUCCAAGGGAAAUCAUUGUGGAUGUAAUUCUUUCUCCAAUACAAAAACCUACGCCACUUGAGGAGAUCAUAGAGAAACCUUCCCCGGUGCUGAUAAAAUCUCCAGGGGCACGUUUUUUCCCUGAACCCUUUCUGGCUGAUGAUGUCCAACCACACGUGCUACCUUCAUCGACUCCAGAGGUUAAGAGCCCUAAUACCCCUGUUGCUGUGGCAUCUCCCAUUCGCUCCCAACCAGUGCCCCUACCAGAAACAGUCAGCCCAAAGUCGCCCAUCCAGCCUGAGCCAUGUGCCUGCUCACCUUCAGGCAACCCCUUGUCCCCGAUUUGUGCUCAACCAUUGCCAUGCCAGGAGCCUUCCUCGCCCCUAUCCAUGGGCUCUCCUGUGAGGACUCAGCCAGUCCCUGCUGUAACCUCCACCCCUUUGGCCAAACUCACUUUGGUGGAGAAUAGAACCACUGAACUUCUAAAAGCACAGGACUCAAUAGAGGAGACACCAGUCAAGAAGAAUGAUAUUAUUGAGGAGUUCUGGCUGAAGAGCGCUGAGAUUAGGAGGAGCUUGGGGCUCACCCCACUGGACAGGAGCAGAAGUAUAGUAGAAAAGAGCAUCGUUCAAGAAUCUAUCCCUGAACCUACAUUGUCCAAAUCUCACACACCGGAGGACCUCUCUGAGGAGGUGAAGCCCACCUUCACUGGCCGCUCGGUCAUCCGAAGGCUCAACAUCACUUUGGAGGGUCAAGUAAUCUCUCCCGUGGAACCCAAAAGCAAUGGCUCAGAUAGAAGGGAGCUGAGCAGCAGCUCUGGCCUUGGCUUGAACGGUAGUACCAUGACUAGCCAGACAGCAACAAGUGACAGUUAUAACAACUCCGACUCCACCAUGCUCACGCCUCCCUCAAGCCCCCCUCCACCUCCACCAAAUGAGGAACCAGCGAUGCUUACCAAGAAGCCUCUGGUUACUUGGGACAACCUUUGUGAAACUAUUGCGGAACCUAAAGUGGAGAAAGCACCUUCCAAAGUUAAGACUCCCACCAGCCCUCCCCAAGCUAAACCUGCAACUGCUCCAGUCCCUGCCCCCAGAACAAACCCACCUGUGGUAAUGAGGACUAAGGACCCCAAUAAACCACGGCGAGAAGAAGUCAGGAAGUCCUUUGUGGAGUGUGUGGAGGAGAUCCCGUUUGCCGACGAUGUGGAAGACAACUAUGACGAUCGCACCCCUGACACAAGUGCACAGGAUAGGUUUUACACUCCACCUACCAGUAAGGUGAACAGGGAUAAACCACCCCUGCACCUCGCUUUGGCUAUGGAAAAUGGAAAACCCAACAUUCCUGGAGCUCUGGUGUCCAGAGCAGUGAAGGGACCGCAGCACUUUUCUCCAGAAGCCAAAGAGAUUGCAGAAGAGCGGAUGAGAGAGAGGGAGAAAUCUGUGAAGAGCCAAGCUCUCAAAGAUGCCAUGGCCAAGCAGCUCAAUAAGAUGAAAGAGGCUGAGUCAUCUAAGGGUGCUGUGGCUAAAGUGGCCUGGAACGUUCCUGAGGUAGCUGUUCGAAACAAGAAACGUUCGAGUUCCCCCAAGACGUCUGCUGUGAAAGCCUUGGAGUCUAAAAAGCAAGCAGAGACACUUCCUGAACGUUUUUUCACCUCACCGUUAAGCAAGAGUUUGGACAGCUCUGUCACCUCUUCUGAAAGCUCUACAGGGGCCAAGAGUAAGAAGCGCAGCUCACUUUUCUCUCCACGAAAGAACAAGAAAGAGAAGAAGGCCAAGAAUGAAAACAGGCUGUCCGGUACUGAAGAAACACCUCCCAAACACAAGUCCUUAUGGAAGGCUGUUUUCUCUGGCUACAAGAAAGACAAAAAGAAAAAAGAUGACAAAUCUUGUCCCAGCACACCAUCUAGCUCUACAACUGCAGACUCCGGAGUGAAGAAAGCAUCACCUAUGGCCAGAUCUUCAGAUUUGCGCUUGAGAAGAAACCUCAGCUUUUCCGAGGACUCUGAUCUUUCCUGUGAUGAUGUUCUAGAAAGGUCUUCUCAGAAGUCCAAGGCAGAUCGACAUAUGGACUUGUUUGAUCUAGUGUCAGAUUUGAAAAAAGAUAUUUUGAAGGAGGAGAAGGAAAAAGAUAAGGAAAGGAUAAGGCAUAGAGAGAGGGGGAGGGGGAGAAGCAAGGAUAAAUCAAAGGUGAGGGGGAACAAAAGAAGAAUGAAUGAAAUGGAGAGAAUAAAGUUGAUGGAGAAAGUGAUGGACAUGGAACACGAUAAAGGAGAUGAGGAGUCUGUUUAUGUUCCUCACGCAUUGGCGUUCAAGAGAUCAUAUGCCACAAAGAAGACGUACACCGAAGAGGAGUUAAAUGCCAAGCUGACGCGGAGGGUCCAGAAGGCAGCCCGUCGACAGGCCAAGCAGGAGGAGCUGAAGAGACUCCACAGGGCUCAAAUCAUUCAGAGACAGCUGGAGCAGGUGGAGGAGAAACAGAGGCAGCUGGAAGAGAGAGGUGUGGCUGUGGAGAAAGCACUGCGAGGGGAAGCAGGGUUAUAUAAAGGUUCUAGUGUUAGUCCAAAACAGCGUAAGAGGCGCUCAGACUAUUGGGGAGAGUCUAAUUACAGUGAGAUCCUGGACUUGCAUCUGGGCGUUGAGCCCUAUGUCGGGACCCCUCGCUGGAGACCCCUGUCCUUCUGCCCAUGCUGUACCCCAGAAGGAAUGGGUAAAAAGGACGAUCCAAAGCUGAUGCAAGAAUGGUUUAAACUGGUCCAGGAGAAGAAUGCCUUGGUGCGCUAUGAGUCAGAGCUGAUGAUAUUUGCUCGUGAGCUGGAGCUGGAGGACAGGCAGAGUCGACUGCAGCAGGAACUCAGAGAACGCAUGGCAGUCGAUGAUCAUCUGAAGACAGAGGCAGAGCUGGCAGAGGAGAAGCAGAUUCUGAAUGAAAUGUUAGAGGUGGUGGAGCAGAGGGACUCUCUAGUGGCUCUCCUGGAGGAGCAGAGACUCAGGGAAAAGGAGGAAGACAAAGACCUGGAGGCAGUCAUGCUCUCUAAGGGUUUCAGCCUCAACUGGGUUUAGCAGUAGCCAGCCCACCCCACAUCCUCUUCAGAGCAUCCUCUUUGGAGCCACUGCAGGGAAUGUAAAGACUUAGUCGAACCUGCCUGUCUCUCUUGCGCCGGUUCAUUUGGCAAGUGGGUGACGUUUACACAUCUUCUCAUGGGCAAGUCGACAAUGUUUACGUGUCCUCUUGGCUUGGCUCAGGGCUGGCCACUCUACCUGUCACUCGCUCCGCUCAACUGGGAAUACAGCCAAGGCCUUGUUUCUGUGCAAGAUAUUUUACCAUACUUGUUGGAAGAGAAAAUUCACUUUAGAGAUUUGUAUUUGUUUUUAAGUUUUUUUCUAAGCCGUUUUUGGUUUGAGGAAAAGGGAAUCAACGGGGAUGAUGUGGACGUUACUGAGACCUUUUUUAGACUGAACAGAAAGUAGUCAAUUCAGCUUAUUUUAGGAAGUCCCAUUCAGCACGUUACAUAAGAGUGUUUUGGAAGAGCAGAGAAGUCCAUGGACUUUGAUUCCUGACCUGCUUUUUUUUUUUUUUACUACUGACUGAAAGUAGGAAUACCCUACAGUACAGCUGCCUUUGCUUCUAAUCAAAAAUCCACAAUUCAGUGUGGAGAAGUGAUCAACAAGGCAAUAUGAGCCCCAUAUGACAAUUACAUUAUUACAGCAAUUCAGCUACAGUGAUCGCUAAGGAUGGUCGAAACUGUUAAAUAAUGUAUUUAUUAUACUUGUUUUGCAGAAAAAGCAUGCAGUGAAUUUCUUUGUGUUCAAAUAAUACAGAGAAUGUCCAGGUACAUAUCAAAAAUGAAUGGGGAAAAGUUCUGUUUUAUUUUUCCAUCAGCCACCUCAUAUUAGGACAAGAUGCUGUUGUCUAAGAGCAAAGUCACAUAUCCUCUGAUGUAUAUAGUACAUGGCCUUUAGCUCAUAUUAAAAGUGUUAAUGCACUCUUAGUUGAGCAUCUCAAUUGCAGCUUCUAGUGCUGUACCUUUGGUCUCAAGUGAUCUUACUGUUCCUAUUUAACGGUUUACAAUCACUAAUAAGACAUGAAUUUCUUGUAGUUACACUACAGUUUACAGAAACAGUGCAAUAUCAUGCAGAUAUUCUUAAGACAAUGUAGGAAGGAAAAAACAUAUUAAUGUAGACGGUGCAAGAGAAUAUUCAGUAAAACUGCUGAUAUUUGUGAAUCAACUAUUUCUAGCGUCCACAACCUUUGGUAUAUCAGGGGAUCACAAACUUCUGUUACAUCAUUUGCAUCAUUUGUUUCUGACAAGUAAGAGGAUGAAACAUCAAGUAAAUCUGCUGCCCAUUCUCAUAUUAAUAUCAGCAACCAGGGACAGAGAUGAUAAACGCCUGAGGACCGCUUGCACUGGCUUUGUAAUAAUAUGCCUUUUUCACAUGUAACAAGCCAUUUUCAGAUCUACAAGGUUUUACUCACCUUCAUGGCUUGUUUUUUUAUUUAUUUGUUUUUAUAAAAAAAAACAUUUGUAUUAAAUACAAGUGUUCAAACAUCACUAACAUACAGCAGAUGCUCCUGUUAGUUAUGCUAGUCAAAGAACAGCAAAUAUUCAUAGAUUUGGCAAGUCAACUUUUAUGCCUUUUGUCAAACUGUACAUUUCAGCUUGGGCACCAUUUGAGCUGUAUAGGAGGACACAUUUCUGUAAGUAAACAUGACUGUGAAUGAAAAGUUACACAAGUUCAAGGCUAGUUGUUUAAACUGUGUAAAUUGUUUUACAGAGUUUAAGUUUAUUGGUAUUUAUUAACACGUGUUGGGGAAAACCUGUAUUAUAUGUAAAGAAAAUGGAAUCUAAUUUUUAAACUUGUAUGUUGUCAACUCUUGUAAAUGCUUCCUGUAGCUAAUGUGCAUAGGAUGUUGGAUGUAAGUUGAAAUGGUAAUAAAUAAAUUAAAAAAAA